UUUUGUGUGUUUUUAACGUGAACUCCUCAUGGCUUUGCCGUAGUAGCUUAGGACGGGUGAAAAAAAACAUGCCCCAGCUUCGUUCAUUAUCGAGACACGUAGGCCUAAAUAAAGUUCAAGUCGGCUUCCGAUAUACUUUUAGUGAACUUGCCUAAUUGUGGCGAGCGGAGAGAGAAAGUAACGUAUGUUUGCGGACUCUGGGUGGAGAAUGGAUGGUAAAACAUAUGAUGGGCUUCAAUCAAAAUCACGAACUCUUCAACUUCGGAAAUCAACUUUUAAAGCUUUAACACUUCUUCGAAGAAAAUUAACCCACCAACAAAUUACAGAAUUGGAGGCCAAGGAGGCCUGUGACUGGUUACGGGCGGCCGGGUUUCCCCAGUACGUGCCGCUAUAUGAAGCCACACAUUUCCCCAUCGACAUUGCAUCUGUUAGAAAGGACCAUGAAUUCCUGGACCAGGACUCCCUCAAAUCCCUCUGCAGGAGACUGACGACGCUGAACAAGUGUGCGGCCAUGCGACUGGAGGUUCACUUUCAGUGCAAGCAGAGUGAGGACUCGGAGGAGGAUGACGCGUGUGCCAUCAGCGACCGCUGGGCCUUCCAGCGCGAGAGCAAGACCUGGUCACGGCUUCGCCCGCUCUCUCCGGGUGCCCCACUCCGACCUUUGAGGGCAUCAGCCAGCAGCGAGAGCAUGCUGAGCGACUUCAGCAACCUGGAGGUCACCUCCGUCGCCUCGGCGCGGUCCGCACUGAGCGACAGCAGCCUGAGCGUGGAGAGCACGCGCGAGACCAGCCCGACAGAGUCGGCGGCAGCGUCCACCUUCGGCGGCAGCAUGGCCGCGGCGGGCGACGUCCACCAAGAUGCCGAUGGCGAGGAGGAUGAGAAGCAGAGGGCGUCGUCGCCGGCGAGGGACAAGCCCAAAAGAUGCUCGCGCUCCUUCCUCCGCAGGAUGGAGUCGCUGAGGCGGAAGGAGCAGGAACGGGAUGCGGUCACCACAGCGAUGAGGAUGCCUGGUGGUCUCCACUGCACCUCGGACGAGAGCCUGCCGGGGCUGAAAGCCAAGGCGGGGAAGGCCCACACCAUCUGCAGGAGUAGCCUAAGCCGCAGCAAACUGCCCGACUUUGCGUCCAGCGGUCCCCGUCGUGCGUGCCUCUAUCUGGAGGACUACCAGCUCGCCUGGAGCCGACCCCGCGCUGCAGACCGUACCGCGUCUCUAAGAAACAGGCAGCAAGGAAGUCGGUCCAGGUUGGUUCAUCUGCCCAAGGAUCACAAGCCUGGAACGUUUCCCCGCUCGCUGUCCAUCGAGAGCCUGUGUCCAGCCUCACUCGGGGACAGCGCCAACGCCAUUGGCUGGCCUGGAGAAGAUGGCGACUUCUCAGUGGGCAGCAUGAGUAGCCGCAGCGAUUCGCAGGACUUCUCCAACGACGACUCCACGUUCCGGAAAAGGCGGAACUCCACGUCGUCCAUCGGCAGCGUUUACGACAACGUCCCGGAAGUCGGCGGGAGCUCCGAAGAGCUACUCAAUCUGAGCGGGGCCGAGCAAGCCCUGGAUCUGGACGAUAUUCUCCGACAAGUUCACGGACUCCAGCACAACAUUGACCAGUGGUCACGGCAGCUAGACAAAUCCCACACAGAAGAGGACUCCGCUGUAGACUCUACGAUACCCAGCAGCCCACACCUGGAGGAGCAGUCCAUGUCGGACAUGGGCACGACCAUGAGCGACUACGACAGCACUGGCAACUCGCUCAACGACGGUGACGGAGAGGGCGAGAUGAGGGAGAGGAGGGACUCUGGUGUCGGAGCAUCACUGACCAGACCAAGCAGGAAGCUCCGCUGGCACAGUUUCCAGAACUCGCACCGGCCGAGCGUGACGGCCGCCUCCCUGGAGAUCAACCGGCAGUCGGCCGCCCAGCUCAACCUGCUGCAGAAGCUCUCGCUGCUCCGUCUCACCGCCAUCAUGGAGAGGCACUGCGAGACCAGCAAGCACGGUUGGAACUGGACGGUGCCUAAGUUCAUGAAGCGGUCCAAGGUGCCAGACUACAGGGACAAGCAUGUGUUUGCCGUGCCGCCCAACAUCAAUGUCCAGCGCACCGGGCAGCCCCUCCCUCAGAGCAUCCAGCAGGCCAUGAGAUACCUGCGCAGCCAGUGCCUCGGACAGGUGGGACUCUUCCGGAAAUCGGGUGUGAAAUCCCGCAUUCAGGCCCUGCGGCAGCUAAAUGAGAACUCCCCGGAUCAUGUGACCUACACAGGCCAAUCAGCUUACGACGUGGCUGACCUCUUGAAACAGUACUUUAGGGACUUGCCAGAGCCUGUCCUCACUAGCAAGCUCACUGACACAUUUCUGCAGAUCUAUCAAUGCGUCCCCAAAGAGCAGCGUCUGCAGGCGGCGCAGGCGGCGGUCAUCCUGUUGCCAGACGAGAACAGAGAGGUACUGCAGACUCUGCUUUACUUCCUCAGUGACAUCGCCUCGGCGCCAGCCAAUCAGAUGACUGCCGAAACCCUGGCCGUGUGCUUGGCCCCGUCGAUACUGCACCUUAACGUCUCCAAGAAAGAUGGCACCUCACCACGGUUGAUCAACAGAAGAGGCGGCAGCAAGCCCGACCAGAAGGACCUCAGUGAGAACAUGGCAGCCACUAAAUGCCUGAGUCACAUGAUCACAGAGUGCAAGAAACUAUUCCAGAUUCCCCAUGAGAUGAUGCUGCAGUCGCGUAACUCGUACAUCGCGGCAGAUGCUCAGCCGCUGCCGCUGCACGCUCUGGGGGUGAACCUGCAGGGCGAGCCCGUGGACUACCGCGCCUACCUGGAGGACAACGUCCAGUGCCUGCUCCGAGAGGCCAGCGAGAAGAGCAAGGGCUGGCACAGCGCCCCUGGCCCCGAACACACUGAGCUGGCAUAUAAGAAGGUGGGCGACGGGCAUCCAAUCCGGCUUUGGCGCGUGUCGGCGGAAAUGGAGGCGCCGGCGGGGGUGGUUCUGCAGAGGGUUCUACGUGAGCGCCACCUGUGGGACGAGGACCUGCUGCACAGCCGCGUGCUGGAGAGCCUGGAGAACAACACCGAGGUCUUCCACUACAUCACCGACAGCAUGGCGCCACACCCGCGCAGAGACUUUGUGGUGCUCAGGCGCUGGUGCAACGAUCUGCCACGGGGUGUCUGCGUGCUCGUCUCCUCGUCGGUUGACCACGACAAUGUCCAGCUGGAGGCGGGCAUCCGAGCGGUGCUGCUGACCUCGCGGAUAGUCAUCGAGCCGUGCGGACUAGGCCGCUCCCGCCUCACACACUACUGCCGGGCCGACCUACGGGGCCGUUCUCCUGAGUGGUACAACAAGGUGUUUGGCCACCUCUGCGCUGUGGAGGUCGCUAGGAUACGGAGCUCCUUUCCCGUGCUCACGGCUCGUGGCCCUGAAACCAAACUCUGAGACACCGUGGAGGACUGGCCCCCACGACCUUACAAUGAUCUUCACAAGGUAGCGGGGAAAGAGGGAGUGAGCGCGAUUGAGGGAUGGAUGGAUGGAGAGAGAGAGAGAGAGAAGGAUGGAGAGUGACCAUCGAGGAACAAAAGAAGUCUCCCUCAACUCUUUCUGACCUUUUCGGCUAACAGAUGUCUCAAUGCCUCAGUAUCUGAAUCAUUAUCAGGGGGACAGUGCUCCCAAUUAGCAAAAUACCAUGGAAAUUACCAGAAAGAAAGUAAUAAAAAUAUCAUUACAAAAUUCAUUCAAGGUCAAGGUCAAACCAGCUGAUGAUCCAAAGGAGUGAAAUUAAAAUUAUGCCCUAGAGAGACCACGUGUAUGUGUUUGGCUCGCUAAAGGAUAACCUUGUUCUGAGAGUUAUUAACUAAGACUAUGCAAACACAGUGGAGACAAGUUUAAAAUGCAGUAGAUGCAUGUUCUAUGGGGGACAUAUGACUGCACAAGAUAGGAGCAAACAUGUUAAUGUGUGCGUUUCUUACAUGUCUUACAAAACAUGGGCUCACUGACCUGAUGAAUUACCCCACACGAAGAGAGAAUCUGUGUGCGGUAAAGCUACUCGAAUGAUCAAAUCACUGGCUCAGCUAACGGCCCUUUAUAAAUGUUACAAACAUUAUUUUUUAUUCAAAGACCAAAAGGCCAUGAUCGAUCCUACUGAAUGUUGGAUGCAGUUACUUUAAGGGGAUUGAAAGCCUGCGUGUAUGUGUGUGUGUGAGAGAGAGAGACUGAGUAAACAAAAACUGCCAAUGUUCAUCUGUACUGACCAUCAGUUCUGCCAUUGACACGAAAGGCUGCUACAUGCCGGGGGCAACACCACGUGCAUUAAACACAUAUUGCCUUGCGUGAACUGUGUGCGGUAAAUACAUAUUGCUUUGCAUGCACUGCGUACAUUAAAUACAUAUUGCCUUGCGUGCAUUGCAUGUGUUAAAUACAUAUUGCCUUGCCAUGGAGGAAAAUCUUGAGACACUAGACCUCAGGGGCAUUAGCUUAAAAGCCAAAUAAAGAAUAUCUUGUUUUAAAACACCUGCCAAUGCUACUGUACAGGGAAUCUGAAAGCCAUCAUAAAGGGUUGCAAAGGAUAUAAUACAUAUCCCUUUAAUGCAGUAACUCAGGAGAUGUUUAGUAGUCAUUAUUGUCAUUAAUACGCACGAUAACAUGUAUUAUCUAUGCAAAAUAAAAAUCAUGUUAACCUAAGAGAAUAUAAUAUAUUUUAAUAUUGAAUCAGUAUAUUUUGUUCUGUUUGUAAAAGUCACCCAUACCAGUUCUGACACCCUGUUUAUGUAGGUGUGUAAAUGCAUUUCGUGGUGCAUUUAGUGAUGUACACAAAGUGCAAUCCUCUUGAAAUCCAUCUGGAUUUAUGCCAGUAUUUUCCUAGAGGACUCUGGCCUUUGUCCUCUUUCUUCAAGGUAGAACCCCCGAGUGUUGUGUGUCAUUUGGGGAAUUACAGUGCCCUCAGGGUAUUCCUUCCUUUCUCUCUCUCUCUCUCUCUCUCUCUCUCUGUCUCUACUUUCUUUUCUCUGAACCCUCUCCUGGUGUACAGAUGGAGAGUGCACUUUGUCUUUAUCUUUCAUUAUGAAGCGUUAAGUUCAGUAGGAUGAUAACGUCAGUUACAUUUGGACUGAUUGCAAAAAAGGGAUGAAAUGUGGAUGUAAUGUCCUCAGAACACAACCUUUUGCAGCUUGUUCUCUUGUUUGUGUUUUAUUUGUGUAGACAUGUCCUCUGUUGCUCUCAUUGUCUCCAGUCUGUGGAUAUGUGUGUACACGUGUAUGUCUACAGUACAUUUUCUUUGUCUUAGUUUUAUGUUGGUAUUAUAAAACACUGUUGUUUUGUCAGCGUGUUUGACAAAUGUCUGACAUGCUGCUUCUGUUCUUCUUUGCCUUUCCACAGCUUUCUCUGUGACUCAUUCAUAUGCUUAUAGCAUCUGCUGGUCCUCCUGCCAGUUUUACUCCCUCCCCACAUCUCAACUAUCAAUCGUUCAUUUAUUUAUUUCAAGCAUUUCAUUCUUUUUUCAUGCAUCACGCAAGUUGGAGUAUGUGCAUUGAGAGUGGGUGAAAUAUGUGGCGAAAUUGUACAAAUCCACAUUUAAUUGUGGAGUAAAAUCAAAGCAAUUUGUAUUUUAAAAACUUUAUUGACAAAAGUGUUUAUUUAACAGUAGCUAAAUUAUUUUUGCAAUGUUUAGACUGUGAUGAUAUCUGGUUUUUAAUAUUUGGUUGUUCCUGAUCUGACAACAUUUCAAUUUACUACCUAUUUGUAUAAUACUGUUCCACCAAUAAAUGGAUGGAAACCAAUAAACCUUUGGAAGAAAA